GCAUGCUACGCAACAGCGGGGGGCUUGGUGGAAUUGGAAAAAGCCUCCGAUUUGUGGAAACAGCAGCUGUUUAGUUCAUUUUCUCCGUGAAAAAAACAAGAAAAGCCAUGGCGUUGAACGGUGGGCUUAGAUCGGCUUCAAAGCUACUAACCUCGUCCUCUCAAUCACUUCUCUCCAAGUCAGCCAAUAGAGGGUUUCAUUCAACUGGAGUGAAGAGGAUGGGUGGAGGCCAUGCGCAUGGCCAUGAUGAACCAUACUACCUUCAUGCUAAGCACAUGUACAAUUUGGACAGGAUGAAACAUCAGAAGCUGAAGAUGUCUCUUGGUGUUUUUACAGCCUUCAGCAUUGGCGUCGGUCUUCCUGUUUAUGCUGUCAUUUUCCAGCAGAAAAAGACUGCAUCUGGCUAAAUUCUGAAGCUUACCUUCAUGGCUGCAAUAAUAGAAGCAACCCGGAAGUCAGGAUGCCGUUUUAAUCAACUUUUGAAUUGGUUUGAUUUCAUGAUAUUGCACAGUUUUGGUGUUUAGCAUUUCUGACUGGUGUCUGUUCACUGUUGAUCAUGGGAAUCUAGGAUUGGUAAUAUUCUGCAUUUGAUAAUAAUAUUUGAUGCUCCAAUUUGGAUUGCAAAGGUAGUUCUUUUAU